GCCGCUUCUUGCUCCCACCGUCUGUCGUCCAAUUGACCUGGUAGAGAGUAAUAUCACUGCAGUCGGGACAGACAGCUUCUCGUGUUCUUCACCCACUGCAAUUCCCAGCGAAAUGAGCCCUUGAUCCGGCUACCCCGAUCGAGUCACUUCUUCCCGACCAUGGCCCAGGCCUCCGAACCGGGGCCAUCAGCCUCGCUGUGGACCAGGUCUUUGCUGUCUGGCGCGGUCGCUGGUCUGACCGUGGACUGCUCCCUCUACCCGUUGGAUACCAUCAAAACCCGCCUCCAGAAGGCCCGGCACCACACGGCCGCCCCGACCUCGAACCUUUCUUUGAGACAAACCAUCCGCGGGAUUUACGCCGGCCUCCCGUCUGUCCUCCUCGGCUCCGCACCGUCGGCCGCAUCCUUCUUCAUCGUCUACGAUGGCGUUAAACGAACCUUCCUCCCGCCGUCACCCGUAGAAGCGCCCUCGCGGACCCACAUCAUCCUGACGCAUUCCGUCGCAUCGUCCAUGGGUGAGAUCGCCGCCUGCGCGGUGCGCGUGCCGACCGAGGUGGUCAAGCAGCGCGCCCAGGCCGGUCUCUUCGGUGGCUCGAGUCUGCUGGCCCUCAAAGACAUCCUGGCCCUGCGACACCCGGAUCCCGCGAGCGGCGCCCGGCGAGGCUACGGCCAGGUGAUCCGGGAACUCUACCGCGGUGCAGGGAUCACAAUCGCCCGGGAGAUCCCAUUCACGGUGCUGCAGUUCACCAUGUGGGAGUCCAUGAAGGAGGCGUAUGUCAAGCGCGUGCGGCGAUCCGCAGGGCCGGGCGCCGACGCGGUCAGUCACGUCCCGGCUUCGACGAGCGCUGUGUUCGGCAGUGUGGCGGGCGCCAUUGCUGCGGGCCUGACGACGCCGCUGGACGUGAUCAAGACGCGGGUCAUGUUGGCCCGUCGCGAGGACGGGACCGCGGGGCAGGAGGGAGCCCGCUCGCGCAUCAAGCACGUCGUGCAGGAUAUCUCCAAGGAGGGCGCCGGAGCCUUCUGGCGAGGCAUUGGGCCGCGAGUCACCUGGAUUGGGAUCGGGGGGGCGGUGUUCCUGGGUAGUUACCAGUGGGCGUGGAACGCGCUGGAAGUGAAGGAGAAGUUGGAGAAAUCCGACAAGUCCGUCUAGAGGUGAAAGGGAGCGAGUAUAUAUGUGUUGUCUACGAAGCGAUUGUUGUAAGAUAUCCAGAUAGACAGUGUGAUUUCC